CAUGCAGGGCUGAGCGCCUGGACGGAACUGAGCUCGCUCUCCUGUUGGGAAUGUGAGGCUCUUGGUUCAGUCGUACUCUGCGUUUGUCCCGAUCUUCCUGAUCUUCCGUGUCCGCCGCUGCCGCCGCCACCACCACCGCCAGCACCGUCUGCCCUCAGCUCGCGCGCGCACGCGGAGGCCGGGCACCCGGGUCCGAGAGGCGCGCGCCCGCGUGGUCGCCGCCCCUCGGAAGCCUCCGAAGCCGCACACGGGUUCGCUACGGAGGGAGGCGGAGGCCUGCGGGAGGAGGCGGAGGAGGAGCGAGGGAAGAUGGCGGCCGUGGAGCUCGAGUGGAUCCCGGAGACGCUCUACAACACCGCCAUCUCCGCUGUCGUGGACAACUACAUCCGCUCGCGCCGCGACAUCCGCUCCUUGCCGGAGAAUAUCCAGUUCGACGUUUACUACAAGCUUUACCAACAGGGACGCUUAUGUCAGCUGGGCAGCGAAUUCUGUGAAUUGGAAGUUUUUGCUAAAGUUUUGAGAGCUUUGGAUAAAAGGCAUUUGCUCCACCACUGUUUUCAGGCUCUGAUGGACCAUGGUGUUAAGGUUGCUUCCGUCCUGGCCUACUCCUUCAGUAGACGGUGCUCUUACAUAGCAGAGUCUGAUGCUGCAGUAAAGGAGAAGGCCAUCCAGGUUGGCUUUGUCUUAGGCGGCUUUCUUUCCGAUGCAGGCUGGUACAGUGAUGCUGAAAAGGUUUUUUUGUCCUGCCUUCAGUUGUGUACGCUACAUGAUGAGAUGCUCCACUGGUUUCGAGCAGUGGAGUGUUGUGUGAGGUUGCUUCAUGUGCGAAAUGGAAAUUGUAAAUAUCAUCUAGGUGAAGAAACAUUUAAAUUAGCUCAGACGUACAUGGAUAAGCUGUCUAAACACGGUCAGCAAGCAAAUAGAGCGGCUCUCUAUGGAGAACUAUGUGCGCUCCUGUUUGCAAAAAGCCACUAUGAUGAGGCAUACAAGUGGUGCGUUGAGGCAAUGAAGGAAAUUACAGCAGGCUUACCAGUCAAAGUUGUGGUGGAUGUUUUAAGACAAGCUUCUAAGGCUUGUGUAGUCAAACGUGAAUUUAAGAAGGCAGAACAGUUAAUUAAACAUGCAGUGUAUUUGGCAAGAGAUCAUUUUGGAUCCAAACACCCAAAAUACUCGGACACGCUGCUAGAUUAUGGCUUCUACUUACUCAAUGUGGAUAAUAUCUGCCAGUCUGUUGCAAUUUACCAGGCAGCCCUCGACAUUCGACAGUCAGUGUUUGGUGGGAAAAAUAUUCAUGUAGCGACAGCUCACGAAGACCUGGCUUACUCCUCAUACGUUCACCAGUACAGCUCUGGAAAAUUUGACAAUGCGCUAUUUCAUGCAGAAAGAGCCAUUGGUAUCAUUACCCACAUCCUACCUGAAGAUCAUCUUCUUUUGGCUUCUUCAAAGAGGGUGAAAGCACUGAUUUUAGAGGAGAUUGCAAUUGACUGUCACAACAAGGAGACGGAGCAGAGGCUGCUUCAGGAAGCACAUGACCUGCACUUGUCCUCACUGCAGCUCGCUAAGAAAGCGUUUGGAGAGUUUAAUGUACAGACUGCAAAGCACUAUGGUAACCUUGGAAGACUUUAUCAGUCAAUGAGAAAAUUUAAGGAAGCUGAAGAAAUGCAUAUAAAAGCAAUUCAGAUUAAGGAGCAACUCCUUGGUCAAGAAGAUUACGAAGUGGCCCUUUCAGUGGGACACCUGGCAUCUCUGUAUAAUUAUGACAUGAAUCAGUAUGAAAAUGCUGAGAAACUGUACCUGCGGUCAAUAGCUAUUGGGAAGAAACUGUUUGGUGAAGGCUACAGUGGACUAGAAUAUGAUUACCGAGGCCUCAUUAAACUUUACAACUCCAUUGGGAAUUAUGAGAAAGUGUUUGAGUAUCACAACGUUCUGUCUAACUGGAACCGGUUGCGAGAUCGACAGUAUUCAGUGACCGAUGCCCUUGAAGACGUCAACAGCAGCCCCCAGUCCACUGAAGAAGUGGUGCAGUCCUUCCUGAUGUCUCAGAAUGUUGAGGGACCAAGCUGCUGAGGAACAGCCUCAGCUAACAAUUACCUUUUCCCAGAUUCCAGGGAAUUCAUACUGUGAAAUCAAAACCAUGUUGUUUUUAGGGCUGGCAUUUGCAUUGAAACACUGGUCCAGUCCAUCGAAGACCCUAUUUCGGGUAGUCCUGUAUUGCAGUUCCUAUAGAAUAAGCAUAUAUUGAGUUAUAUCAGCAUGUGCCGCGUGUGUAAGUAGUCCCACAUUCUCACCCUAGUAGAACAACAGGAAACCUUUUUUUUUUCUUUUUAAAAAAUAAUUCGUUUUUCAGAAAGUCUGAAAGAAAAAAAAAAGAACCCCUAAAUAAAACUAUUUAAGAGUUUAAAAGAGUUGCAUUCUUAUUAUGUAAGGAUGAUUUCAAAAACUUUUUAACAUAUAAUUAAUUCUUCCAUGUGGAGGUAUUCAAUACUGUAUUGUAAGGAAAUUUUAUGGAAAACUUUAUAUGCAGUAUAGAAAAGUAACACAGGUACUAAUAAGGUGGGGAGGAGCACCCUGAUGUAGUUUUGGCCAUCUUUCCCAGAUCAGGGCAUACAGCCAUUCCAGAACUCUGUCUCAGUGACAGACUGUCAGAUUCAUCUAACUGGACCAGUGUUGAUCUGUCAGUCACAGAACACUGGGUAGACCAGCAGUUCUAACUCUGUUUUUGGUACCAUGGUAAGAUGCUCCAAAGUGUUUGCUAACAGGACCAGAAGGAUCUAAAAGGACCAGGCAACUGUGGAAGGUGUUACUUGGACCAGAGGCUUUCCAUUGUUCUUUAGUGACUGCACUUGCCUUUUCCAGUAGAAUGAUUUCAUUUAGGUAGAAUGCAGAGUACUAAUGCAAGAGUUUUAUAUUUGCAUCAUAGAUACCAAACGAUGGGAUGUGGGUAACGUCAGUAGCAAAUCUUUAGUCAUGGUGCAUAGAUGGCAAUGCCUGCCAUAAGCACAUCUGUAACCAUCUCUGUAGCCACCUCAUUUUAAUCUCUGCCCUGAUACUCCAUGUAGUUAACAAAUAUACUGGCUAAGAGUCAUGAAAUAAGUCAUGUUCAGAAGAGAAUUUUAGGUUUACUGUAUGGUUUGUGGGGAUUAAAAAGAUGAAUGCACACAAAAGAAAGUCUUAGAAAAUUCAUCAUUGAAAAUAAUAGUCAUUUUAACCGAAAUACGUGACUCCAAUUGAAAGAUCCUCCAGUUACAAUGUCUGUUUCAUUGAUUGGGGCUUUGAUUUUUCUAAGUUUUUAAAGCUAGCCAGACUUUUUAAUGUGGAGCUAAUACUCAGUUCCUAAGUUAUUAUAACAUGUAACAAAAAGAAACAAAAAGAUCUUUUGCUGUUACCUCAAUUCUUAGCACAGUGGCCCAUCUGGUCUGGUACCUCUGUAGUUAAGAAUCUGGGUUUCUCCCCUAUUUUCAGGGGCUUCUGACUUGGCUGUUAGAUACACUACUCCUGCUGAUGCUCGGAGUAUUAAGUGUGUGGGUGUGUGUCAGAUUUUGUUCUUUUAGCAUGCUUGUUGGGUGAGGGGAAAACAGUUAUCAUGGAGAGUACAGAAACAUUACUUAAGAAUUUAGCUUAAACAUUUUUUUUAACUUCCCAAUUUUAACUUUGUUUGAAAUUGCGAUUUUCAGUCUUAGUGAUAAGCCAGUGUGGUUAGGUCUUUAGAAGGAACCUUAGUGAGGAUGCCCCCAGCAAGUGAGGCAAGCUCUCAUCCUGACUCAGCAGCUUUGGGUUCAGAGACUUGAAUUUAUUCCUCAAACUGAAUUUCCUUUAAAAUUCUUCAAAGAAUUCAGUUUGGCGCACUUGUAGUUUAUACAGCUGGCUCCCCUCUCUUAAUUACAGUCCCGUGAGAGUCACCUUCAUUACCAGGUAGUCUGUGUGACCCAGGAGUAGCAUUUCUCAGUUACUCGGCGGGAGCCUCCCUCACAAGCCUAUAUACUUAAUACCUCCAAAGACAGUUUGAGGAUAGGCUUUUUGUAUACUUUUAUUGGAUAUCUAGAGUCCUGUGGUAUGUUUGUGGUCUAGGAAUGUCAUGGUAAAUUGUUUUUCAAUAAAUGUUUUAAAACUUAAGUUUCCACAUGAAUUAUUUUUAUUUAAUCUUCAUUUUUGGUGUUGUGCACAUACAGUGUUUUGUAGUCCGAUAACUCGUCUUCCUUAGCUCAGUUCACACUUAACUCAUCCUCAGUGAUAAAGUAACCUGAUCUUAGAAGCCUGUGAUUACAGGGUGAUGAUGUCAGCUGACAACCAGCCCCAGCCCCGCCUCCAGCACGUCCUUGUCAGCCACUCCGUCUGACCACUCCUUUAAUACAGUUUUCUGUAAGUUAGUAAAGGUUAACCUAAUGCCCACACUCUAACACUCUGUCUUAGUGAUAUGACUUGAUAUGUUCUGAUUCUAGUGAAAAUAUUCCCCUAAUCAUUUCAAGGCUGGGAUUCAUCCCUCAGCAAGGUUGAUGUAGUGAGACGAACACUGCCGUGAUUUUAUUUUAUAAAUGUAUUAAAGCAGGGUGUGGUACAUAUGUCAGUGUUCAGGAGGCUGAGUGAGGUAAGGUGUUGAGUUCCAGGCAGCCUGGGCUACAAAGGGAGAUCUGUCUCCAAACUCAAAGAAAAAACUGAAUAAAACUUACCUCAGAAUAAACAGUAGCUUGCAUGUAAUUUUACAUAAGGGCCUAUGAUCUCAUCCUCCCCUGAAUUCCCUAUUCCUACAGUCUGGUGCUAUUCCAUUUGGGGGCAUGAGGAGCUUGUGCAUGUGACCCAGGUGAGUCACGAUUCCAUUUAAUAGCGCCAACUGAGUUUUUAGUGCACAAUACUUAUGGGUCCUCAAACUAGACUUUACCCUGAGGAUUUAGACCUUUCUCCAUCACUGUACAUUGUUUUUAUAAACAGCUCACCUGCACCUGCCCAGGUACUGCUGCUUGUGAGAAUCAAUGGUUUGAAUGGAGCCCUUUGUCAUAGACCAUGAGAAUGGCUCAUCAGGACAGGAAGCUGCACGUCCUGGCACAAGGUUCAAUCCCAACUCCAUGGGAGGCUGAGACAGGAGGAUCGCUUGAGAUUCCCCCAGGACAGCUAAGUAAGAAGACCCUGUCUCAAGAAAUGCAGUAGUGUGGCAGCUGCCAGCUUGGAAGUCUUGAGAGACCAUUGAACUUGUCCUUAUAGACUAAACAUGAUGCAAGCCUUUGGCCAAAACUGCAAAUUCAAAGAAUGUUUGCUAAGUAACGGGUGAUGUUAGCUGCCACCUUUUUUCUUUUUUUAGAGUUUUUAGCCUUGCUGCUUCCAAUCUUCUUUUUCUGGAUGGCAAAGUUACUACUGGAAAAAAAAAUAUUUAUAAUUACUGAAUUUUAAGAGUUUUAUUUUGUUUUAGAAAUUAACACUUUUCACCUCUUGGCUUUAGAGGACUUAAGAUUAGCUGGAAAAAAGAUUUAAGUAGAACGUUUGGAUUAGUGUACAGAACUUAACACUAGUAUUUCUUUUGUCCCCAAAUCUCAGGAAUGUUUUAGGCAGAAAACUGGCUUUUCCCUUGACGGUGAUUUGAAGGAGAGUGCUUUAGGAUGGAUUAAAUAACAUGAUUAUUGAUUAAAAAUAACAUGAUUAUUGAUUAAAUAACAUGAUUAUUGAUUGCAGUUCUAGGUAUCUGUAGCAUGAGUGGCCUUAAUGAGUUUGUUGAAGUGCACAUGUUUUUCAAAAGUAAAAUUUAAGAUUAAAUAUAUAUGCUAUAUAUAGAUAUCUAGGAAACUUGGUUGUGGUGCACAAAGUGUUGAAUCACUGAAUUGCAGGUACCAUUUGUAUAACAUCACUUGUUUCUGUAUAUUCCUUUUAUGGGAAAAUAUGUUGCCAUGGUGACUAAAACUUUUCAAUUUAGUUUUACUUUUAUGUGAAUGAAUGCUACCUUUUAUUAAAUAUUACCAGGUCAGUACUAUUUUUAUACCUUAUUAAGUAACAGGGGUUUUAGUUUAAUAGACUGAAAAUAAAAAGAAAAACCCUUAAUGGAAUAAUUACAAAUGAAUCACUAACAUUCUUUACAGGAAAAUCCCCACGACUAGUGCCGCAGUAAUUUCUAUAGUAAUAUCUCUGGUCAUUAUUCAAUUCUGAAGACAGCUCAUUGAGUCAGAACAGCCUUUCAUACCAUUUUCACUUGUAGUGCUCACCAUUAUUUGUAACUAUUAAACCACACUAAGUAUGUUUGUAACCAGCAUUGUGAUAUAUAUCAUGUACUUGUAUUGCUAAAUGAAUUAUUGACCUAAUAAAUAGUGUUCCUGCA